AUGAGCGGAGAUUGGUGGUAUUCAGAAGUGACACCAGACGUCAUAAUUGGAGCAGACUUCAUGUUUGACAUGAUCGACUCAACGCAACCUCAGCACAAACUCCCAUCAGGGACGAUCCUGAUACCAACCGUUUUCGGUUAUUCAGGAACAGGUCGCAGCACAGCUCCAACCGAUAGAAUUUUCGCAAACGGUAUAAUUUCCAAAGAAUCAAGUGACCCCUGGAACGAUUUCUGGGACCUCGAAAACGCAGGAAUCGAAGACCAUGCCCACGGCUCACUCAAUUCAGAAACAGAAAGGAUCAACCAGAAAGUUCUGAAAGAAUUCAAAGAAACCGUUCAGCGAAGGGAAGACGGAUACUACGUGAAGUUCCCGUGGAAAUCAGAUGAAACUCCACUCCCGACACACUACGCGAUUGCAGAAAAACGCCUACAAAGCGUUAUCAAUCAGCAACCAUUGGAAGUCUUGAAACAGAUAGACGACAUUUUUCCAAGAUCAACUCGAAAAAAAGGAAUAAUCGAGGAGGUCGACACCCAAAAGAAGACUUCAGAUAGGAUUCAUUAUAAUCCUCACCAGCCGGUCUUGACACCUGGGAAAGAAACGACGAAGUGCAGAGUGGUCUAUGACGCAAGUUGCCAUUUUAAAAAUGGACCGUCAAUGAAUGACCUCAUCAAUCAAGGACCUACUCUCAUGCCAGACAUUUUCGCAAUGCUUCUUCGGUUUCGAGCAGGGAAAAUAGCACUGUUGGCAGACGUCGAGAAAGCUUUUCUUCAAGUUCGUCUUCAAGAGUCAGAAAAAGAUUCGACCAGAUGUUUAUGGCUCAAAGACUACAAAAAGCCUUUCUCGAAGGACAACAUUAUCACAUAUCGAUUCACGAGGGUCAUCUUCGGAGUCAAUGCUUCUCCAUUUUUACUGGAAGCAACAUAA